UAUCAGAGUAUCGCGUAUCAUUUAUUGCAUAACAAAUGAGAUGAUGUUAUCACGCGGAAGCGACUGUUGGGGAAAUGUGUGCGGAUGUUCUCUCUACACAUACAUCCAAUGCGAUACGUCAUCGUGGGUAAAAAUUAUCUUUGAUCUUUGUAUGUGUGCCGUCGUGCCGACGAUAAGUGAUGACGAGCAGGAGCGGUGAGCGGUAUAUAAGGAACAAGCGCACGAGCUCUCGAUGUAGUUUCUGUAUCGACUGUGAUACGCGCACCGGUGCGUUUGCGUACAAAGGCUUUACCGAUAGUUCAUUGAUCUCAUAAUUUUGCGACACACGCGAAACUUACUCUCGCACGCGUGUACACGCUUGGCAAAAAUCGGCGUGACAAAUAAACCAAAUCGAAGCGAAUAAAUUGAGUUCUCAAAUUUCCUCAUUCCAAUUGACGCUAAAAGAUAUAAAUAAGAAUGGAGCCGAUGAAGAGGCCGGAUAAAGCAUCUGUAUGCACGUGGAAAGUAGCCGACGGAAAUUCACCGCAUACGAAACAAACAGAAGUUUUAAACCGGAAGAAAAUAUUACCUGACAUUUUAAGCACCAUUGGACAGACUCCUCUGAUUCGGCUCAACAAAAUUCCCAAGUCUCAUGGGAUCAAGUGCGAAAUGUUUGCAAAAUGUGAAUUCUUCAAUCCUGGAGGGUCUGUGAAAGAUCGAAUAGGAUACAGAAUGGUUCUAGAUGCCGAGGAAAAAGGUUUGAUAAAACCGGGGUACACGAUUAUCGAACCAACCAGCGGCAAUACGGGGAUAGGUUUAGCACUGGCCUCAGCAACCAAGGGCUAUAAGUGUAUCAUUGUAAUGCCCGAGAAAAUGUCUAACGAGAAAGUUUAUGUGCUUCAAGCUCUUGGUGCCAAAAUAAUCCGAACACCGAACGAAGUUAAUUGGAGCGAUCCAAAAUCGCACAUCAGUAUUGCCCACGAAUUACAAAAGAAAAUUCCGAACAGUAUUGUUCUAGAUCAGUAUACGAAUUCUGGUAAUCCAUUGGCUCAUUAUGAUCAAACUGCGACUGAGAUUUGGGAGCAGUGCGACGGGAAAGUGGACGUAGUGGUCGUAGGCGCAGGUACCGGUGGAACGAUAACCGGAAUCGGGCGCAAAUUGAAGGAACUGUCGCCUGACACAAAAAUUAUUGGUGUGGAUCCUAAAGGAAGCAUUUUGGCGCAGCCAUCUAAAUUGAACGAGGAUGAUGUCACCUUUUACGAGGUAGAGGGAAUAGGAUAUGACUUCAUACCUACUGUCUUGGAUCGUAAUGUAGUUGAUGAGUGGGUAAAAACGGAAGAUUGCGAAUCGUUAAAAACGGCGCGCGAAUUAAUUCGUGAAGAGGGAUUGUUGUGCGGCGGUAGCAGCGGCGCAGCACUCACGGCGGCAUUAAAAAUCGCCAAGGACCUGCCGGCGGACAAACGUGUUGUUAUGAUCUUGCCGGACGGUAUACGAAAUUACAUGACCAAGUUCGUGUCCGAUCAUUGGAUGGAAGUUCGAGGCUUUUUGCCUUGUGAACCUUUGACGGAAGCGAACAACUGGUGGUGGAAUAUGCCGGUUUCAAAUUUAGUAUUAAAAAAGCCUGUGAUGACGCAAAAGAUGUUAUGCCAAAACGCCUUAAUUUUCUUUAAGACCAAUCCUGACACUCAACAAUUAUUAGUCACCGACAACGAAGGAAUACACGUGAAAGGUGUUGUCACGUCAGAUGCACUCAUGUCCAAUUUGAUUUCCGGUUCGGCAGAUCAAACGGAUUUUGCCGAGAAGAUUAUGAUCAAGCAGUUUGCAAAAGUUAAAACCUCGACCACGCUGGGCAAACUGUCGCGUGUUCUUGAAAAAGAAUCUUACGCUGUAGUGUUAGAUGACGAUGACAUUCUAGUUGGGAGUGUAAAUCAGAAUGACCUUUUUAACUUUAUAACGAAGAGUACUGAUAAAGUGCAAAGUAAUGGCAUCAUAUAAAGUCCGUCCAUUUUGUUGUAUAUUUGUUGUUUUUUAUCAAUUUUCUUGUGCGUGAAACAAGAAAUAGCUUAAAAAACAAUAAAUAAUACAUCUGACGCUAUUUAUGUACUUAAACAUAUAGACGUAAAUAUAUAUGCUUGUU